AUGACUCAACCCGGCGCUCGUAGAGCAAAUCACUAUGCCACCCAGAGUGGUGGCUCCACCAUCAACCAGAAGGCCGUUCUCGCCUCCGCGUAUCAGGAGCUUGGCAAGGAGCUCGCUUCUUCCAAACUCAAAAUCGUCGGCAACUAUACCCUACAGCGUCCCAUCGGCGAAGGCACCUUUGGAAAGGUACGCCUCGGCCUUCAUCGUCUCACCAACACUCGCGUAGCCAUCAAACAGAUACCUAAGGCUCAUUCCGCCAGCCUCACGCGCGAGAUUCACCACCACCGCCGUCUCCACCAUCCCAACGUCAUGCAGCUCUACGAAGUCAUUGCAACAGAACAAUAUAUCUGGAUGGUCAGCGAGCUUUGCGCAGGAGGCGAGCUCUACGACUACCUUGUCGAGAAUCAGGUGCUUGCAGAGCCCGAAGCCCGCAGAAUCUUUGGCCAGCUCUGCCUUGCCGUCGCCUACGUCCACAGCAAGGGCAUCGUACAUCGCGACCUCAAGCUCGAAAAUAUUCUCCUAGAUGAACGUUGCAACGUCAAGCUAGGCGAUUUCGGCUUCACCCGCGAAUUCGAACGCAAUCGUCUCAUGGAUACCUUCUGCGGCACCACCGGCUAUGCCUCCCCGGAGAUGCUUGCCGGCAAAAAGUACACGGGGGAGCAGGUCGACAUUUGGUCACUCGGCGUAAUCCUGUACGCUCUUCUUUGCGGUGCAUUGCCCUUUGAUGACGACGACGAGUCCGUCAUGAAGCACAAGAUUCUUCGAGGAGAAUUUGAAAUCCCCGAGUGCCUCUCUGAAGAAGCACAAGACCUCGUCGCAUCCAUUCUCCAACAAGAUCCUACCAAGCGUCCCACCAUUCAGUCCAUCCUUGCGCAUCCGUGGUUCACAAAGACGAUGGUUCACACUCCCAUGUCGACGGUCGAGGAGGACGAAAGUACUACAGACUACUUUGGCAGUAAGUCCAACCCCUCAGCGUCGCAUUCCAUCGAGCAAGCUCAGCGGCAGCUUUCAAUAUCAGCGCCACUGCCUCCUGCUGAAGAAGUAGAUCGCACCGACGCGGCAGUUCCGACGAGCUCGGAGUUCUCUGAACAAGCUCAAGGCGAGGGCUCCCAGGCACGUCAUCACCACCACCUUACGGCGAGUUCCGAGCAGAGCUACCAUUCAGCUCGCAGCGAUAGCGAGUCUAGCGACCGUCGCUCCACCAACACGGAUUUCACUGAUCCGACCACAGCUGACAGUCUCAGCCGCACAGACGAGGUCACAGGCUUCGACGAGGCCAUCGAUCAAAUCACUGCAUCGUCACCACACUCCGACACUGUUGCUGCCCCCCAAUCCGACAAGCACACUAUGAGCUUGCAUCGCAACGGGUCUCAGACCACCAUCAGACGUCUAGGCUCCAAUGGCAGCGAUGCCUCUCUCGGCGGUCUCACGAGAUCACUCACAAAGUCUACCUCUACAUCUUUGCCAACACAUCAUGAGUUGCCGGCCGGAUUGGAUGUCCGAGGGGAGGAAGAUCAUCUGCCCAUCUACCAAUCCGUUCCGCUCGCCAAGAGAGGAUCCCAAAGCUCAUCACGCGGCCAUCACCGCACGCCGUCUAGGACCAAGCGCCGCUCGCUCUCUUCUGGCGGUCUAUCAGAUCAUCACCCGCCUUCGCUCGGCCGUAAGCCUGUCGACUACCUCUCGCAGCUAGUCCACCUCCAGCCUGCCACCUUUUCGACUUCUACAGAGCAAAACUUGCUUCAUCAACUCAGCACCCUCGGUAUGGACGUAGGUCAGAUGGUCCAUAGCGUCGUCACAGAUGCAUGUGACGCAAGCGGCGCUACAUGGUGGAUGCUUCUGCGCAAAGCUAAAGUCCGCCAGGCCGAGCAGUCUGCCACCACUUCACCUAUUCCUCAAGCCGUUUCUGCACCUGUCGACCAGUCUAUGCCCAUGGAGGCACCGAUCUCGGGCGCCUCUGACCAAAGCGUCGCAUCUGCACAAGCUCACACUCCACCGCCACCGCUUCCCGUCAAGGCUCCAGCCAGGUGGUCCGAAGAAGCAUCUCGGUCAAACGAUCGUCCUACGUCAUCCCUGACGGCCUCAAGGUCCGAGGGCUCUCGCCUAAAAGAGGGAAGCAAUCGGCGACUGCAGACCGUCGUUUCGCACGAAGAAUUAGACGUUUCGUCUGCACCUGCUCUGUACGCCUCUGCCUCAGAGGUCGUCUUGAAUGCCGCUUCUGCCGCGCAGCAGGGACUCAACGUGCCGACGUCUGCGUCCGGGCCUGUCGACAGCCUGUCGGUCUCAAACGCAUCGCUUCUGAGCGACAGAAGCUUAUCAAGCACGCCCGACUCUAUGAGCCCUCGACCAAAGUCGCAACAUCGUCAUACCACGGCCGUUACCACCCCUUCCAAACUGCAACACAGUGUGACGACGAUACUAGGCAGCAGCCCAACGUCCGAAGGACCCACAAAAGCACGACGCAAUUCGCAGAACGGUCGUCCUCGGAGCAACUCGUUCACUGUCAAGCACUUCGCUCAGAGCGUCCUGGGCACCAAGGAUCGUUCGGCCACUUCAUCUCCGGUGCGUCCGCCCCCCGAUCAAGUCAUCGUGGCGGGCGAAGCGCUCCCUAUGGAAAGCGUCAAGAGUCCGACGCUUUUCGGUCGUCGCAAUACCGUCUCUAAUGUCAAAGACUCGAUGGUCGGCAUUCUUUCGAAUCCCUCUACUCCAAAGAAAACCCCAGCCGACAUGCUCGACAAGCCUCGGAAGAGCACUGGCAAGAAGAGCAGCGAGGCGGACCUUGACCGCGUCAAGGCUCUCGAACGCAACGCUUAUUCUCCAUCAGGUUCUCCAUCGCGCUCGAUCACGACCCAAGCUACUGCUGACAAGGCGAACAACGCUGUACCUUCGACUUCGCAAGAUUCCUUCAGCACCAUGUCUGCCACGCCUCAAGGCAGUGAAAAGAGCGGGCCGCGUGGCAAAGCUGGCUCUUCUUUCAUGGCGACGGUGCGCACGUGGCUCGGAGGCAACGAGAAGCCGGCGAGAAAGUCCAAGACGGACAAAAAAGGUGGCAGCGGAGCGCAUCGUGGCCUAGGUAUCGACGAUGGCACAAUCACAGCAAGGUCGCAUACCAGCACGGUCAAACAUCCUGGCGGUGUGUCCUCGUUGGCACACGGAACGCCUUCGCGCAGCGCUAGCGUGCGACGAAGGUCGGCCCACUAUCAGCAGACCUCCACUAGCCGCCGCGGUGGUCCUAGAAGCCCGCACUUGGGCAGCAUGAGCCGACGAUCCUCGAAUGGCAGCUCGUAUCAGCCUCAUCUCGACAUACCCCCCAACAGUUUCCAGCAGAGCAUGAAUCGACCGGCCAACCCGAGGCGCAUGAGUGCCGGCAGUAUCACGCCCACAGGUACUCUGUAUGGCGACUAUGUCAGCGAGCUAGCGGGUGCACAUGGUCCUUCGCGGCACAGUCGACCCUCGAGCUCUCAUUCGGUGGCCCACUCCAACGCUGCGACACGACCCGGAUUGCCUGGCAAAGCCGGAUCGACAGGCAGCACUAGCUCCAUCUAUCGUCAUGGACAGGCGGCCAGCGUCUACUCGACGGGUAGCGGACGCCGCCAUCCGAGACCUAGUCAGGAUGGCGGUACGAUCGUCCGAAGGCAUCGCACCUACGCCUCGUCUUCGGGAAGUCCGAGCCGGCGCAACUCGUUCCGUCACGAUUCGCGGCCAUCGUCGAUCAAGUCGCGAGCCUCUUCGCCCGGCCGUGCCAUGAUGGGUAUCGGCGAAUUUGGCGCAGACGAAGACGAAGAUGGCGAUGCGGGUGGCCCCAUUGCACGACAGUCCACACGCAGCACACCACGCCAUUCUCUGGAGAUGCGCAAGCCGAGCGACGCAGCUACAGCUGAUACAUUUGCUACCCACCAUCCCCACCACCAACAUGUCUUUGCGCAGAGCGUCUUUGUCGCGCACAAAUCGCGUUCACCCUAUCGACCGCCAUCUGCCAACCCGAGUUUGCUCAGUGGCGUUGUUCGCGGACCGUCGCACGUCUCGGGCCGCAGUCCAAAGUUGUCCGCAACGUCAGACAAUGACGGGUUUCCGGUGCAGAGCAGCACAUCAGGGUUUCCGGCGACUGGCACGGGUACCUGGCGACACUCUUGGGGAAGACCACCGCCUUGCUGGGCAGGAUCCGUGGACCCGCCUCCUGCAAGCACGGACCCCGCUGCCAAAGGCGCUUCGAGCGGUGACGACGGAACCGACGGCAGACCUCGACUGCGAGAUGUUUUUGCAAACCGGGAUGAUGACGACUGGACAGACGAAGAAGAAGAGCAGACCUACUCAGGCGGACUGGGCCAGAUGGGCUCGCUGUCGUCCACCAUCUCGAGCAACGUGGGCCGAGGCAGCAGCAGCACCGCUUCUUCCGCAUCGCCCUACGCGACACGCAACUUUGCAGCGCUGGGCAGCAGCAGCGGCUACUCGAGUCAAGGUGCUGCGGGCUUCGAAUCCGCCAACGCGUUCCGCGGUGCAGCACCGUUUUCUUCACGCUACGCGGGGGUCCGCAGCAUCUUCCAGCCUCCGACGGCAGCUGCACCUGGAUUCGGAUCUCGAUCGCAUCAGCCUGUUUCGCUCAGCUUGGGCAACGAGUUCGCGCCGAAGCUGCUGUCGACGACCAUUCACUCGCCUACAAAGUCUACGGGUUCGUCACCCGGCGGUCUCGGAAGCAUCGGGGAGGCUGGAGCAGGAGAGGAAACCGCAGCGUCGUCAAAGUCAGAAUCGACAGGUGGUCAGGCUCAGCAGCAGCAGCAGCAGCAAUCGCAGCAGCAGCAAGGCGGCAGUCGUAUCACGGCCUCCUUCCACAAGCCUGUCCAGAUUAUCGAGGAGGAAGAGGAGGACGAGUGA